AUGAAACUACAGAACUACGGUACGAGCGGCAUCCAGGCGUUCCGCGAGCUCGCCGAGAAGAACAACGUGUGCGUGGCCCGCGAGGACUCGAUCCUCACGACGGCCGACGAGUCGGCAUUCGACGCGGUCGUACAGAAUCUCGAUCAGGAUCGCGCGGCCAACGUCGUCGUCUGCUUCUGCGAGGGCUUCACCAUCAGGCAUCUCAUGGAGGCCUCGAAGCGCAUGAAUCUCACUGGUCGCUUCGUCUUCGUUGGCAGCGACGGAUGGGCCGACCGCGACGACGUGGUGCACGACCUGGAGAACGAGGCCUGGGGCAGCCUGUCGGUGCGCAUCCACUCGCCCUACGUGUCCGAGUUCGACAGCCACUAUCUCGCGCUCCAUCCGGACAACAACGCGCGCAAUCCCUGGUUCAACGAGUUCUGGCAGCACAACUUCAACUGCAGCCUGCCCCAGGAGGUCGUGGCCGCCGCCGCCGCCGACGUCGUCAAGGAUCCCGCCACCGACGCGCCCCUCAAUUUUCCCAACUGCACCGGCGAGGAGAGGCUGACGCAGGAGCGCUACAGGCAAGACCCGAAGAUGAGCUUCGUGAUGAAGUCGUUCUGGGUGAUGGCCCACGGCCUGCACAACAUGCUCGAGGACGUAUGCGGCCACAACUACACCGGCGUCUGCAAGGAAAUGAUACCGUUCAACGGCACUCGGUUUAGGAAUCAUCUGAUGAACGUGAGCUUCAACUUCGGCGAGGACGUCGUGGAGUUCGACAGGCGCGGGGAUCCACCGGGCAGGUACGAGAUUCUGAACUACCAGCGCAUGCCGAACGGCAGCUACGCCUACGUGCAGAUCGGCGAGUGGAACAACGGCACCCUGACGCUCAGCGGCUGGCCCCAGUCGCGCACGCCCAAUCUCGUUGAGAGCGUCUGCUCCAAGCCGUGUCCGCCCGGACAUUACAAGAAUUUCAAAACCGGCGGCCAGGAGAAGCGCUGCUGCUGGGCCUGCGUGCCCUGCGAUCGCUACGAGAUCGCCAACGAGGAGCAGAGCGGCUGCAUACCCUGCCCCCAGGGACAACUGCCCAAUGACAAUAAAACAGAGUGCUACGAGAUGCCUUUGGAGUUUACGCAGUGGCGCGACGUGGAGGCCAUCAUAUCCAUGACGGCGGCGAGCCUCGGUCUGCUGGCCACCCUCGUCACCUGCUUCAUCUUCAUCCGGCACAACGACACGCCCGUCGUCAAGGCGAGCACGCGCGAGCUCAGCUAUCUCAUUCUCGCCGGCAUGAGCAUUUCCCACGUCUCGAUACUGGCGGUACUGGCCGAACCGACGUACAUCAGCUGCAUACUAAGCCGUCUGAUGCCGGGCAUCAGUUUCGCCAUGAUAUACGCCAGUCUGUUCACCAAGACCAACCGGAUCGCCCGGAUACUCGCCGGCUCGAAGAAGCGCUUCCCCAAGCGCAAGCCACUCUUCAUGUCGGCCACUGCCCAGAUACUGAUCACCUGCACGCUCAUCGCCAUCGAGAUCGCCGUCGCCACCGCCAUGCUCAUGCUCGAAUCCGCCGGACCCACCGUCGAGUAUCCCACUCGUCAGCGCGCCGUCCUCACCUGCACCACUACGGCCCGCGCUGUCCUCUAUCCGCUGGCCUUCGACGGCGUCCUCAUCAUUCUGUGCACCCUCUACGCCAUCAAGACGCGCAACGUCCCCGAGAACUUCAACGAGGCCAAGUUCAUCGGUUUCGCCAUGUACACGACCUGCGUGAUCUGGGUCGCCUUCGUGCCCAUCUACUUCGGCAGCGAGACCAAGGUGCUGACCAUGUGCAUGUGCGUCACCCUCAGCGCCAGCGUCACUCUGGUCUUUCUGUUCUGGCCGAAGCUGUACAUCAUCGUGCUGAGGCCCGAUCGCAACAAUCGGGCGUUCUUUACGACGAGCAAGUCCAUCAGGUGUCACAUUGGGGCCAGGGUGGCGGCUGCGAUAGCCGAGCCACAGCCCAAGUACGGCAUUUAUAAGAUUUCGGAGUCGGACGAGACCGAGUCGUCUUCCGCCUACAAUCGCAGCACCAGCAGCAGCGUCAAGCGUCGCACUCUAUCCAUCCAGACGGACCAGGAGCUGCUGCUUUCGCUCUGCCAAACGCUGAUCAAGGAAAAGAACAUUAUUCCCGCCACCACCUCUGAAAACGAGACGAAAAAGAAAAUAUCCACGACGACGACGACCGAGUGCGAGGUCGAAGUGACGAUACGCGACAAAGACAAGACAGCGACGUCGUCGUCGUCGUUGAACGGCAAUCGGCGCUCCAGCGGCGGCCGACGCAGAGAGAGCUACGCCGGCUCAACCAAUAAUACCAAUAAUAGCGGUGACAAUCGCGUCAACAGUGGUGGCGGUAGCAGCAGUCUGGCGCACAAAUGGGCCGAGCUGAGCGUUCGCAAGCUCGUCGAUGAUUUGCGACGGAGAUCCACAACUGCGUGUCCGCCGCUGCCGAGCAGCCAAGCGAACGGCCUGCACCUGGGACCGACGACGACGGAUCUCGACUCGACGAACAAUAGCGGCGGUGGCUGCAACGGCCACAGCAAUGGAAAAUUUCAGCCCGCGAGGAGCAGCAACAACAACAACGCGACCACGAGGAUACGCGAGGAGUUCGAGCCGAUGCCGAUGAACGGCGCCGAUAGCGCGCUCGAUCCCAUUUACAAUAUCACCAUCAAGCUGGCGCCUCAGCUGCCGCCGACGACGACGGCCGAUUAUUUGGAGACGGGAUCGGCAGUGUGAUAUAAUUAUAUCGUUGCCGUAUUUGCGUGGACUCUAUUGUUCGAGUGAAUUUAAGAUUACGACUCGAUGAUUAUUUAUGUACAUGACAUGCCAUCUGACUCCCCUUCUAUACCCCCUUGGACCAGUGUGCGCGCUGCGACGCGCGAUUACAGAAUUAUUAUUGUAUAUUUAUUAUCAAGCGAAUGUAUACGAGAUGCAGCUCUCGAAUCUGCCAAAGUAUAUUCCUUCGAUAGACCAAUUUUUCUAUUAUGAAUCGAUAUAUAGUAUAUUAAAUGAUAUAUAACAUAUGUGAAAAUUGGCUGUUACGUCAUUAUAUUAUAAAUUGUACGUAAGUGUGUAAUGUAUCCUAGUAGAAAUGCUCAAUAACGUUUCAUUUAACAUCAUAAGCUGUACUUGUCCCACACCAUCUCGUGCUUUGACUUAUACGAUUAUUUUGACUUAGCCACUUGCUGAUUUACACGUAUAAAGGCACUCGCCAUCUGGCGGCGAAGAUUUAACGUGUAAUUAAGUAAUGUAAGUUUCAAAAAUAUUUAUUCUACGCAUUUUUGUAUAUUUUAAAUGUGAAUUUUUAGAUUUAAACAUAUAUAUUCGCGUUGAGCAUUUCCACCAGGGUAUUACCAAAUAAAUUAUCUACAAAUACGAAGAGAAAACGAUUAGCUGACAAAAUGUAAUAAUAUUGCGUUGUUAUAUUAUAACACGCCAUCGUAAUAUAGAGGCUCGAGAUUUAUCCAUCGGCACAUACAUAUCGGGUGUGUGUGUGUGUGUUGCAGUACGCGCGCGGAUCGCGUCGUUAAAAAUUUAACGUCAGCAAAGACACAUUCUUCGCGCGAGCUUGAUAUUAUCGAUGCGAAUCUGCGGGGCGCUGUGUAUAAUAUUCAGAGGCACAUCGUGUGAGGGGCCUGUACCACAUAUCGCGCUUGCAACAAGCUUGUUAACUUCGAGAGCCUCCCCCCCGCGACGUGUAAUGAAAUUUUUUUUUUUCCUCGCUGUCGUACCCCCGAUAAAUAUGUAUUUUUGCGUCAAUUUUGUAUCGGUAAUCGAAACGAGCCGAUUUCGCGUUUUUGUACGAUGGAUUAUUUCGGAAAAAAAAAAUGGGAAACCGAGCGAUUUUUUAAUACCCGAUUUUUUUUUUUUUUUACUUGGUGAUGUAGUAGCUUGUUGUUUUCUCAUUACUCCCAUUCCAACGAUUGAUAGUGAGUGCGGUAUAGUUUUUAAUUUAGUUUAUAGACACAGUAUAGUAUUUAGUUCAAAAAUU